CCCCUCUUCCCGCCGCUGCGCGGGUGGGAGAGGCUGUGCGGGCGCCGGCGCGGUUCCCCUGAGCGCCCGGUGACGCCCCCGCCCCAGCCUUCGCGCGGGAGGGACCGGGGAAGCGGGUUGCUGGCGCCUGCGGGUUUAGAGGAGCGAGCUGCGCGGAGCCCGUUUGUCCCUCCCCUAGGCGGCAGUAGGAGCGGAUCUGCCCGUCGUGGGAUUAGCACGGGCAGAUGUGCGGCCAGCGGAUCCUGCUUCAGGAAGGACUCAGCCACCGGACGUGUCCUGCUAUUUUCUCCCGCGUCUCUGGACCCUGCUUUCCGACAGCCCCCGAAAGAGGCAGGCAGUAAGCAGCCAUCAGAAAUCAGGGCUCUUUCUGUUUGCACAGGGAGUGUACUAGAAAAACAAACCAGCUGCAGACCUUUCAGGAAGGAGCCCUAAGGCAGACGCAGGGAAAUAGAUGCUUCAGGAGCUCCCUCGGUACCUUGUGUCCCUCCCUCCACCAUGCCCUGGCCCUACCCCCGCCCCUCCCACCGCUUCACCUUCCUUUGAGGACCUUUUGGUCUCUGAAGGGACCUAUUAGUAAACCCGUGCAGAAGCGCAGAUGGUUCUGAGGGCGGUGAGCAGGUCUUCUUAGUAGAUUGACCAAGACCAAAGGUCCAACUGGAAUUCAUUGUACAAAAGUUCUUGGUGAAUCCGAGGUUUCUUUCUUGGAAACUGUCCUCUCUAGCCUUACAAAACAAAGAAAUCCCAGGAUCACAGAACCAUGGGACUCAAUGCUCAAACCUCCCUUUCAAGAGUUUCAAGAGUCCCCUGACCCAGUGACCCAGUGACCCAGUGUCCCUGGAUUGGCUAUCUGGUCACCUCACAGCCAGGAAGUGGCAUAUGAUGAGCUGGGGUGGCAUCCUGGUAAGAGCAGAAAGAGGGUGAGGCUGGCCAAGGAUGUUCACCCCUGUCAUCUUUAGCUAGGAAGCUAUGGUGCCUCCGUGUCCACUCUGGAGGGAGUUCGCAAACAUAACCCCCCAUCCUGUCCUUUCUCUGCAGUAGAGAGUCUUUUGUUAGCUGCCUGGAAGGUUAAAUUAUGUCUAUAUGGAAAUUAGUGCUUAGUCAUCAUCUUUCUGAAAGGAAGUGUAUUAAAUACAAGUGAAAGUCACUAUUCAUUGAGCUAAACCUACAGAUAGCCUGACUUUGCUGGUUUCUUGUACUGUGAACUGUGACCCGAGAGAUAGCUUUAAAGAAUAGAUUUAUAGUCAUAUAACAUUAUAGGAGCCAAAAUUCUCUUCACCCCCAAAAUUCUUACUUUCCCCCCAACAAUUUAUGAUGAAGAUAUUCAAACACACAGCCAAGUUUAAAGAAUUAACACCUACACCUACCACCUAAAUUCUACUGUUGAUCUUUUACUCUUCUUGUUUUAUCACAUAUGUAUCCACCUGUCUUGACCUUUUUUUUUUUUAAGAUUUUAUUUAUUUAUUCAUGAGAAACACAGAGAGAGGCAGAGGGAGAAGCAGGUUCCAUGCAGGGAGCUCAAUGUGAGACUCAAUCCCAGAACCCCAGGAUUAUGACCUGAGCCCAAGGCAGACGCUCAACCGCUGAGCCACCCAAGUGCCCCUUGAUCUUCCUUUAAACCUUAAGUCAUUGCUGACAUUUGGUUUCCGUGGAACAGGAUUUCCAUCUUAGCCCAGGGAGUUGGCCAUGCAGUUGAUGUAGGUGGCCGUGAUUCUCCGUAAACUUUGGGUGAACACCCACUAUGUGCUGAGCACUGUUAGGUGCCAAGGAAGUGAAGAAGCUGAAGACUCAGGCUGAAGAGGAAGGGAUUUGAUAUUUCCUGUUUCUAAGAGUUAGGAGAUAACCAGUAGUUUUUUUUGUUUUUGUUUUUUUAAGAUUUUAUUUAUUUAUUCCUGAGACACACACACACAGAGAGAGAGAGAGAGAGAGAGAGAGAGAGAGAGGCAGAGACACAGGCAGAGGGAGAAGCACGCUCCAUGCAGGGAGCCCGAUGUGGGACUCGAUCCCAGGUCUCCAGGAUCACACCCUGGGCUGAAGGCAGCGCUAAACCACUGCGCCACCUGGGCUGCCUGAUAACCAGUAGUUUUAACGUAGGUGCCAAAUAAUAAAACGACACCAGUAAUGCUUGCUGAGUUUUUGCUGCGUACCAAAUACAGAGGCUCUGUACCUGUGUUAUCUCACUUCAUUCUUACAAGGACUUUGUAGGACUUUGUAAGUAGGUCGGUGUUCCUUUCUGCCUUUCACAAUUUAAGAAAUCAAGGCACAGAGAGGUUAGCUGGCUUUGGUUGGUGGCAGAAAGGGAUGGAGCCAAGACCCAGAUUCCAACAGUCUGGGUCCAGGGUGGCUCUGGGCACUCUUAGCCACAGUGUAGAUGCCAGAGGGGGGAUAGUGGGCCCACAGGCUUGGCCAGGCAAGAGUAACCGCAGCUCUUCCACCUGGAUGCAGAUACGCUCCAGAAGGCUGGUGUUGUGACUUCCCAUGUGUUUGACCCGGACUUGGUGCCAGCGUGGAGAGGUCAGGGUUCUGGGAGGUCUCCCAAAGCAGGGCUCCUGUUCCUUCUGUUUGUCUUCCUUCUCAUCCCUUGGUUACUUCCUUCCUAGCCUGCACUCUGUUUGGUAUUUGUGAGACAUGCUUUGUUCCAGAAGAGCCUCUGUGCCUGUAGCAGACGCUCCCAUUCUCAGACACUUAGCACCCGUCAUCCCCUCCCAAGCGCCCACAGCAUCGGGUGUACUGCGGGUGUGGAACAGCCUGGCCCAGCAGCAGCCUCGAGGCGCCUGGCCUGCUGGCUGUCUCCUAGUGGCUCUGCCCCCCUACUGGCUCUGGGGCAGUGUCAGGCUGAGCUUCUCGCUGUCCCCCACCCCCAGGCUGCUGUCCUCCAGCUGGGGAGGUUCUGGCCUUCUGGCCCUGAGGUGGUAGGAGGCUUGACCCUUCUCUAAGCCACUCUCCAGGAAUUAGGCCCCAGGGAGCACCAGCACAGUCAGCCCUGGAGGUGUGGGGGUGGCCAGUCCUAGAAUUUACUGGCCGCUGCCCACCUGCUGCAGAGUGGAGAGGGAGAGGACCGCAAAAUGAGUUGGAGUGGGGGAUGGCAGAUGGGGACGGGUCCAGGAGGAGAGGGUGGUAGUCACACACCAGGACGCCAAGGACAGGACCCUCAUGUCCCCGCCACAUAGCUGCAGGGCUCCCAUAGGACCAGACACAGCUCUGGCCAGGGUGCCAGAUCCCUGAGGACGCCUUCACCAGAACCCGCAUGGAUGAGAAGACCUGCCCACCAUGGGGGCAGAGGCCUCCCAGAGAGGCAGCGAUGGGCAUAGGCUUUAACAAACUUUGGGACUUCUCAUGAAUUCUUUCUUUUUGUUUUGUUUAAAAUUAUAAAUUUAUUUAUUCAUGAGAGACACAGAGAGAGAGGCAGAGAUAUAGGAAGAGGGAAAGCAGGUGCCCUGCGGGGAGCCUGAUGUGGGACUCCAUCGCAGGACCCUGGGUUCACGACCUGAGCCAGAGGCAAACGCUCAACUACUGAGCCACCCAGGUGCCCCUCAUUUAUUCUCUUGAUGAGAAAGAGCGAGGCUGUGACCAAAAUAAUAAUAUUCAUUAAAUUGGGGGAGGUAGACACUUGGAUGUUGCAAUGUCCCCUCCGUACAUUUUUGCAUUUGGAAGCACUGCCCUAGACGCUGGCGGCGGACAUUGACCUGGCCUCCUGCUGCCAGCCCUCCUCCCGCAGCCGCCACCACUACCAUCACCACCGCCACCGCCACCAUGCCCAACUCCGUGCUGUGGGCGGUGGACCUCUUCGGGAAGGUGUACACGUUGUCCACGGCGGGGCAGUACUGGGAGCUGUGCAAGGACAACCGGCUGGAGUUCAAAAGGGUCAGUGCAGCCAUGCAGUGCUGCUGGGGCAUCGCCUGUGACAACCAGGUCUACGUUUACGUGUGUGCCAGCGAUGUCCCCAUCCGCCGCCGGGAGGAGGCCUACGAGAACCAGCGCUGGAACCCCGUGGGUGGCUUCUGUGAGAAGCUCCUGCCAAGUGACCGCUGGCAGUGGAGCGAUGUGAGUGGGCUCCAGCAACGGCCACUGGAUGGGGUGGCACUGCCCUCACCGCACUGGGAGUGGGAGUCGGACUGGUAUGUGGAUGAGAACUUUGGAGGGGAACCCACCGAGAAAGGGGUAGGUAAAUUCAGCUCCCACUGUGGCUCCCGUGUGGGCAAGGAGUGCUUUGGGCUGGAUCCGUACCCCCGCUGCCAUCUCCCACGCCCCCUGUCCAGCCUCAGCCACUGCCCUGCAUGCUCCCGACCUCUGCUCGGGAUGGGUGGCCUUUGGGGCUUUGGGUACCACCACUGCCUCCCUCCCCCUCUUCCUCCCUGCUCUCUGUCUGUCUCCAGUCGGUCCUUCCCUAGGAGCCCGACAGAGCCCCCCUGCUUGGUAUUUCAGGGGUGGACAUACGCCAUCGACUUCCCUGCCACCUACACCAGAGACAAGAAGUGGAAUUCUUGCGUGCGGCGUCGGAGGUGGAUCCGGUACAGGAGAUACAAGUCUCGGGACACCUGGGCCAAGAUCCCUUCGAAGGAUGACCCCAAGCAACUGCCCGACCCCUUCAAUGACCUCUCUGUGGGGGGGUGGGAAAUCACAGACGAGCCCGUGGGCCGCCUGUCCGUGUGGGCUGUGUCUCUGCAGGGCAAGGUGUGGUACAGAGAGGACGUCAGCCACCCCAACCCCGAAGGCUCAUCGUGGUCCCUCAUGGACACCCCAGGGGAGGCGGUGCAGAUCAGCUGUGGGCCCCACGACCUCCUAUGGGUCACGCUCUGGGAGGGGCAGGCCUUGGUCCGGGAAGGAAUCAACAGGAACAAUCCCAAAGGAAGUUCCUGGUCCAUAGUGGAGCCUCCCGCCUCUGAAAAUGGGAUCAUGCACGUCUCCGUGGGAGUUGGCGUGGUCUGGGCCAUCACCAAGGAUCGGAAAGUGUGGUUCCGAAGAGGCGUCAACUCGCACAAUCCCUGUGGCACCAGCUGGAUUGAGAUGGUCGGAGAUAUGAUGAUGGUGAACGUGGGGCUCAAUGACCAGGUUUGGGGCAUUGGCUGUGAGGACCGGGCCAUGUACUUCCGUCAGGGUGUCACCCAGAGUGAACUCAGUGGGAAAACCUGGAAGGCCAUCGUCGCCAGCCGAGAGAGUGACCGAUCGCACUCUGGUAGCUCAUCAAGUCUCCUCAGUGCUGGCUGCUUCUUUGGCGACGAGGUGAGGGGCAGUGGUGAGUCCUGUGCACCGAGUGACACGGAUGCCUCUUUAGAAGCUGAGAGAGUGGGGCCUGACCAGCCUGUCCCUGCAGAGUCUGUGGACGGUCCCAGGAACCCCAGGGACAGCUUGGCCACAGGCCCGGGCAUCGGCAGGACCACAGAGCAUGCUGUGGAGGUCACCAGCCUGGCCACUCCGGCUCCUGGGCCUGGCCUGGCCUCCACCCCGGCUGAACUGCCCUGGACCAAUAUUGACCUGAAGGAGCCCAAGAGAGCACCCAGCCACUCAGCUGCUGGCUUUCCAGAGACCACCGGCCUUUCCACACUGGGGCUCCUCCCACUGGGCUUGGAGGAGCCCUACGGGGCUGAUGACCACUCACUAUGGGCCUGGGUAUCCGGAGGAGGCUGCGCUGUGGAGGCCCACUCUGUGCUCAAGUGGUUCACCGUCCAGUCGGGCCUGUCCCCCUCGGUACAGACGCUGUCCCUGUCCAUCACGCCGGCCCAGACAGCCGCCUGGCGGAAGCAGAUCUUCCAGCAGCUCACUGAGAGGACCAAGCGGGAGCUGGAGAACUUCCGGCACUACGAGCAGGCCGUAGAGCAGUCGGUGUGGGUGAAGACGGGGGCCCUGCAGUGGUGGUGUGACUGGAAACCCCACAAGUGGGUGGACGUCCGUGUGGCCCUGGAGCAGUUCACGGGGCUCGAUGGAGCUCGGGACAGCAUCCUCUUCAUCUACUACGUGGUCCACGAGGAGAAGAAGUACCUCCACGUCUUCCUCAAUGAGGUGACACUCCUAGUCCCUGUGCUCAACGAGACCAAGCACUCUUUUGCCCUUUAUACCCCCGAGAGGACACGGCAGAGGUGGCCCGUGCAUCUGGCUGCUGCCACUGAGCAGGACAUGAAUGAUUGGCUGGCCCUGCUCAACCUGUCCUGCUGCGAGAGCCGGAGGGUCCACGGCCGCCCCUCCCCGCAGGCCAUCUGGUCCGUCACCUGCAAGGGGGACAUCUUUGUGAGCGAGCCCAGCCCAGACCUGGAGGCCUCUGAGCACAUGCUGCCCUGUGACCAGAUGUUCUGGCGGCAGAUGGGAGGCCACCUGCGAGUGGUGGAGGCCAGCGGCCGGGGAGUGGUGUGGGGCAUCGGCUACGACCACACAGCCUGGGUCUAUACGGGUGGCUACGGCGGAGGCUGCUUCCAAGGCCUGGCCAGCAGCACCAGUAACAUCUACACGCAGUCAGACGUGAAGUGUGUCUACAUCUACGAGAACCAGCGCUGGAACCCCGUCACGGGCUACUCCAGCAGGGGUCUGCCCACCGACCGGUACAUGUGGAGCGACGCCUCAGGGCUGCAGGAGUGCACCAAGGCUGGCACGAAGCCCCCGUCCCUGCAGUGGACCUGGGUUUCUGACUGGUCUGUGGAUUUCAGCGUUCCCGGGGGCACUGACCAGGAGGGCUGGCAGUACGCCAGUGACUUCCCUGCCUCAUACCAUGGGUACAAAACCAUGAAGGAUUUUGUUAGGAGAAGGUGCUGGGCCAGAAAAUGUAAGCUGGUGACCACUGGGCCCUGGCUGGAGGUGGCCCCUAUCACCCUUGGGGAUGUGUCCAUCAUCCCAGAGAGCCCAGAUGCCAACAGAAGUGGGCAUAGCAUCGCCCUCUGGGCCGUCAGUGACAAGGGAGAUGUGCUUUGCCGCCUGGGCGUGUCGGAGCUCAACCCCGCGGGCUCCUCCUGGCUGCACGUGGGCACUGACCAGCCCUUCACUUCCAUCUCCAUUGGAGCCUGUCACCAGGUGUGGGCCGUGGCCAGGGAUGGCUCCGCCUUCUACCGGGGCUCUGUGUCCCCCACCCAGCCAGCUGGUGACUGCUGGUACCACAUCCCGUCUCCUCCCAAGCAGAGGCUGAAGCAGGUAUCUGUGGGGCAGACGUCAGUGUACGCCUUGGACGAAAACGGGAACCUGUGGUAUCGUCAGGGGGUGACGCCCAGCUACCCGCAAGGCUCCAGCUGGGAGCACGUGUCCAACAACGUGUGCCGAGUGUCCGUGGGGCCCCUGGACCAGGUUUGGGUAAUCGCCAACAAGGUCCAGGGGAGCCAUGGCCUGAGCCGGGGAACCGUGUGCCAUCGCACAGGCGUGCAGCCUCGAGAGCCCAAGGGCCAGGGCUGGGACUAUGGCAUCGGAGGGGGCUGGGAUCACAUCACUGUCCGGGCCAAUGCCACCAGAGCCUUCAGGAGCAGGUCCCAGGAGACAGCCACUGACUGGAGUGGGGAGCCGGGCCUCCCCAGCACGCCGUCGAGGGUGCCUGGAGCCUCGCAGGAGGCCCGUGGCCCUGUCUGCUGCUGAGGCCGCAGCCUCCCCUCACCUGAAGCAGGUGUGUCCUUCAAAGUUGAUAUGUGCGCCUUCCGGUCUGAGCCAUUCUUACAUGUGGAUCAUGGAGGGAACCUGGCCUGAGGUCACAGCCACUUCAGAGGCACUGGCUGAACCAGCCCAGAAAUGUGAAGUUGUGGAUGCUCCCACACACGUACCCCUGUCUGCAGGCAUGGAGUGGGGUGGGGGCUCCUUCACCCCAGCCUUUCCCACCUGCCCCUCCCCACUGUGCCUCCUGCUGUUCUGGAACAGGAGCCUGGAGCUUUCCAGGAAUGCUGCCUUGGGAAGCCAAACCCAGGAAGCCCCCAGUGUCCCCAGACAGGUGGGGUACAGCACCCCUCCCCCACCAAGACAAUGGCUGUGGGGCUCAGGGCCACUUUGCCCUGUUCUCUGAUCAUUUUUCAGAGCCAGACUCGAGAACACAGUUUAAUUUCAAAACUUAAGUGAGAAUUGACAGCUUGGAAGCCAAGGUUGGAGAGGGGUUUCUUUUGGAUGGGCACAAGCCCCCCUGUGGGAUUGGAGGCUGCUCCCUUUGUGUCUGAUGAUACAGUAGGGGCUGCAGGGACACGGGGUGUGCAGGCCGCAGCCCCAAGCCCCACACACCGGGGCAAGACUGCCCCCCCGCUGCCAGGCCAGUAGGGAAGCACCUCCCAUCGGGCAGCUUCUUUGCUGCUCUUUUUUUAAGAUUUUAUUUUUAAGUAAUCUCUACACCCAACAUGGGGCUCAAACGCACCACCCCGAGAUCAAGAGUCGCAUGCUGUACUGACUGAGCCAGCCAGGCGCCCCUCCUCUGCUGCUUUUUAUUCCAUUAUGGCUCCAUUUGGUGAAGCCUCAGAUUUGCUUCCUGCAACCAGACACUUUGCCUGAAAGCCCAAGUUGGCCUCUGCUCAUUUUGGGACAAAACGAACUGGCUCCAGCCUUCCCUGGAAUUCUCAUCAGGAGGGGUCAGCCAUGCAUUUGACUCCGUUUUGCCGUGUGGCAUUCAACUCGAAGGUCUCCUCUGGGGUCCCCUCCUGCAGGGCACUGGAAGGGGCUGACGGUCUCUGCAUUUGCUGUGAAUUGUGGAGGUGGGACCGGGAGGCGUGAGUGGGGCUUUGGGGGCACCGUCCCGUGUGUCUGCACCAUGGGUUCCUUCUACAACAGCAACCUGCCGCUCUGCUGUGACUCGCUGUCUGUCUGUAGCUGGUUACACGUUGCUCUUGCUCCAGGGCGACUGUGUCCUCACUGCUGAGCGCCCACUGUCUACCAGGUCAGCACCACCAAACCAUCUCGAUUCCUUGGAUGCUUUACUCAAUAAAAACUCACACCAGAA